GAAGGCCGUGGCGAGCUGCGGCGGCGCGCGGACGGUUGGUCCGACUCGGGCUACGCGCGCGCUGAGGUCCGGCCGGGGCGCGGGUGCUGCCAAGCCGGGGUCCUCCGGACGCUUCGGAUCGCGGAGCGGAAGAGAGGCAAUGGCUGGCAGAUCCAUGCCGGGGAGCGGGAGGCGGGGCGGAUCCUCGGCCUCGUUCCUGGGCACACAGCCCGAGAACGAGCAUCCUCCGAGCAAACGGGCCCGGGGCUGCUCGCCGGCCCCGGGCCCGGACACCGAAGACCCAUUCGGCGAGCAUGGAGAACUGACCGCCGACGAUCUGGAGGAACUCGACGUCCUCGCGUCCCAGGCCUUGAGUCAGUGCGGGGCCGAGACCCGAGACAUGUCCAAUGUUUAUAAAGUCUACAGAUUUGAUGAGAUGUCAAAAAGUACAGCAGGGAAAAACAGAGAAAAUACUCCAGUUAACGAUAACUGUCAAUUUGAAGUACUUCAGACACAAUACAAAGAACUUGAAAAAAAGCUGAAGGCCAUGGAAGAAGAAGUCCUCCUUAAGAAUGGAGAAAUUAAAAUUUUGCGGGACUCCCUCUUUCAGACAGAACUGGUUCUAGAAGAGCAGAGAAAAGCACAAUUCCUUCUCGAGCAAGAGAAAAGCCAAGUACUCAGUGAAAAAGAAAAGGAAUUCUCCAAAAAGCUCCAAUCAUUGCAGUCUGAACUCCAGUUUAAAGAUGCAGAAAUGAAUGAAUUAAGGACAAAACUUCAGAGCAGUGAACGAGCAAAUAAACUGGUUUCUCCCUCCAUUUCCCACGUCAGUCCUAGGAAAAACCCUUCUGUGGUUAUAAAGCCAGAAGCAUGUUCACCACAGUUUGGAAGAACACCUUUUCCUACAAAGGAAUCUUUUAAUGCCAACAUGUCUGUUCCUCACCAAUGCCAGAUAGAGCAAAGAUAUAAAUCUGUGAACAGACAGGAUAAGACCCAGGGUCUGAGAAUCCACCCCAUAAAGCUAGAAGUACAGCACGAAAGGCUUGCUGACAGCUUGUUGCAGAGAACAAACAUUCAAGGUUCCAUUUUAAUAAACCUGCUCCUGAAGCAGCCUUUGGUUCCAGGAUCCUCUUUAGGUCUUUGCUACCUCUUGAGUAGCUGUUCAGAGACUCCUUCUGGCACCUUCCUGCAGCCACCGGGGCUUAGCAGUACUCUGGCCAGGAUUUCAGGCCUCAGGACCCCAGGUGUCCCCACUGGGUCCUUUUCCCCCUCUGUCCUGAGAGAGGCUCAGAACCUGGCCUUCGCUGGAUUGAAUCUCAUUGCCAGGAACGAAGACUCACCGGAAGACAACCUCGCCGAGCAAGGUCAAAGGGCCUUUCCGCUCUGCCAGCUUCCGGGCGCCAUCUACCUCCUGCCCCUGGUGCAUUUCUUCCUGGCUUUGCACUGCCAGGCAUUACAGGAUGUGGCUGCGGCGAGGAGAAGUGGGGUGCCCGGAGGGUCUCCCACACAUGCCGCCUGUGCCCGGAGCUCGGGUGGAGGAGAAGCCAGCCUGGAGGACUCGGUGUGCAACGUGGAAGGCCUGUGUGUGGCCUCCCUUAGCAUCCUCCACCAUCUUGUGGGCCACAGCCGGGCCGUCGUCUGCCUGCUACUGUCAGGAAUGGGGGAAGGAAACGGGAGUUGGGUUCACAGACUGAGCUGUGCAGACAUGGACUCGGGCCCCAGGGGGCCGGCUGACCCCCCAGGACAGCACCCACUCUUGAAGAUACUUCUGCACCUGCUGGCCUUCUCCUCCAUGCCUGCAGGCUCUUUGCAAGCCAGUGUCCUGAGCAAGUGCCUCAAGGUGUUGGUGAAAUUAGCUGAAAAUGCCUCCUCUGAUUACUUACCCAGAUUACAGUGUGUGUUACCAGUGCUGCCCCCGUGCCUCAGCCCCCAGACGCCACUGCCUUGUGUGCUGCUGGCUGUGGAGCUGCUCUCCCAGAUUGCAGACAGCGACACCCUCGUGCAACAGUUCUGUUCCCAUUCAGAACGCUGUCUUCUACUUCUGCUGUACUCAUACAUCACCUCAAAGCCUGACAAAGCUGCCUCAGAGACACAAUGGCUGCAGUUGGAACAAGAGGUGGUCUGGCUCCUAGCCAAGCUGGGCACGCAGACCCCCGGUCCCCCCAUCACUGGGUCCGACUGCCUCUGCGGUGUGGAGGCGGUCCGGGCGCUGACGGUGGUGCUGCACCGGCAGUGGCUGACGGUGCGCAGGGCGGGCGCGGCCCUCAGGACGGCCCCGCAGAAGCGCACGGUGCGCUGCCUCCGGCUCGCCGUGCUGCUGCUGCACAGCCUGGCGCAGAAGGACAAGCUGUUCUCCAUGCACUGCGUGGAGGUGCUCCAUCAGUACGACCAGGGCAUCCCGGGGGUCAGCGCCCUCAUCCGGGCACUCCCGGACGUCACCGACUGUGAAGAGGCAGCCCUGGAUGACCUGUGUGCCACUGAGACCGACAUGGACGACAUGGAGAUGGAGUGUGCCUGAGGCCCUUCGAGGGCACCCUCCCCUCACUCCCCCCCCCCCCCCCCGUCCCUGUUCCCCUC